CAGCUUUUCUGGUUUUACAAUUUAGAAAUCCGAAUUUGUUUACAGUUUACUUUACUUACAUAGUUUCCUCCUUUUUUUGGGAUUGUCAUUUGUGAUUGUCUGUUCUCUUUCCAACCGUACGCGGUGCAAUAAUACCUAUGUUUUCUUUUAAAACUGUCUCCGGGUUUGUAAACCGUUUGGUUUGAUUGGUGGGUCUUGUUUUUGCGUGAACACUAAAAUCGCACAACAAUGCUGGCACUCCAGUGCGCCCAGCGUGUUCUCCUGGGAAGCAGGUCCGCUGCUCACAGCAGCGUGCGUUAUAAUAAUCGCACUAAACGAUUCCCGAGACCUGCCUCUAGGGACCAUCUGCCACCGAAUAAACGAGGCGAUGCCCACUGGAUCCGCAGUAAAACCAUUAAGGAGCCGAAUCAUACAGGAAUCAAGGCGAUGAGUGUGGUCAUGCCAGAUGUUAUUAAGAUCUCCCGCGAACGGAGACCGCAUCUCUUCGAUCAAGACGGUCGUGCUCGGCGCUCUUUGCCUAAUAUGAUUCCACCGCCGGAAGCACUAAAUGAAGAAUCCACUGGUGAACCGAAAAAAUUGUCCGAUGCCUCCGCACCAACAGAUGCUAUUCAAACCCGCGGCGGUGCGAGUGAUCGAGGAGAAGCCGCAGUGUAUGCGGAGGAUGGAUCUGUCAGUGUUCACGAGGCUGGCAAUCGGAUGGCCAAGGUUCCGGAAUUUGCUCGGUUUGCGGAAUUUCGGGAAAGUCACUUGGAUUUCGAUCCGGCGAAACUGCACGUGGUAUGGAGAGUGAAAACCAUGGCCGGCCGUCAAAAGUAUGAAAAGAAAAUCAUGGUCGAUCUGCAGCUCGACCGACCCAUGAACGAGAUGGUUCUCAUCAAAAACACGCCGGCUACAAACGCGAAGCUGUGGAUGGUGAAGCAUCUGAUCCGCAUGAAGCCCUUCGUGAUUCCCGACCCGAAGAGUGUGCCGACGGAGGAGAAUUACAAGGGCAUGCUGCUGAAGCGCAACGGGGAGUUUGUUCCCUCCAAGUACUAUCGUGACAAUUACUUCCGAGCGGUCAAUCGACCCGAACUGGAAAGAUAUGUCAUGCUGACAUCCGAUAAAGAACCGUACAUGCGGAAAGUGUGGUUCAAAGGAAGCAAGGAUGGCAGUCUGCUCAAUCAUUGGUCCAGCGACGGCGCAGCUAAUCCUACACGCGAGGGAGGCGAACUGAAGAAAUUCUUCAUUCCGGGUUCGGAAAAUUGGGAUAGGGAAAAACGAUGGAAGGAGAAGAAGCCGACCGCCUACGACAGAGGCGGUGAUUUAGCGUACCACAAGAUUGGCAGUUAAUAGUACAGUUGGUGAUUUCUUGUUUGCGUUGCCGGCUUUACAGUUAUCGAUUGUUUUAUCUGGCGCUACAAAUCAUCAUUGUAAUAUAAAUAUACGAGUAAUGUUUAUCCGUGCCAAGAUUUUGGUUUUCACCGGUUAACUUCUGUUCCCCUAGCCAAUUUUCAUUGAAUAAAUGACAUC